GGAGAGUUGAGCGCUUUUCCCCCCUCUUUUUUUUUUUCUUUUUUUUUUUUUUUCUCCUCUUCUUCUUAAACAAACCACAAACGGAUGUGAGGGAAGGAAGGUGUUUCUUUUACUCCUGAGUCCAGACACCUCUCUCUGUUCCGCCUAAGCUUGUUUUGCUGAACACUUUUUUUAAAAAAAGGAAAAGAAAAGGAGUUGCUUGAUGUGAGAGUGAAAUGGACGUAAGAUUUUAUCCACCUCCAGCCCAGCCCGCCGCUGCGCCCGACGCUCCCUGUCUGGGACCUUCUCCCUGCCUGGACCCCUACUAUUGCAACAAGUUUGACGGUGAGAACAUGUAUAUGAGCAUGACAGAGCCGAGCCAGGACUAUGUGCCAGCCAGCCAGUCUUACCCUGGUCCAAGUCUGGAAAGUGAAGACUUCAACAUUCCACCAAUCACUCCUCCCUCCCUCCCUGACCACUCACUGGUGCACGUGAAUGAGGUCGAACCCGGUUACCACUCUCUGUGUCACCCAAUGAACCAUAAUGGCCUGCUACCAUUUCAUCCACAAAACAUGGACCUACCUGAAAUCACCGUCUCCAAUUUGCUGGGACAGGAUGGAGCACUGCUUACUAACUCCAUUUCUGUGAUGCAAGAUAUACGGAAUCCAGAAGGAACUCAAUAUAGCUCCCACCCUCAGAUGGCAGCCGUGAGACCAAGGGGUCAGCCUGCAGACAUCAGGCAGCAGCCAGGAAUGAUGCAGCAUGGCCAGCUGACCACCAUCAACCAGUCACAGCUAAGUGCUCAGCUUGGCCUGAAUAUGGGAGGAAGCAGUGUCCCCCACAACUCCCCAUCUCCACCCGGAAGCAAGUCUGCAACUCCUUCCCCGUCUAGUUCAGUGCAUGAAGAUGAAGGUGAUGAUACCUCUAAGAUCAAUGGUGGAGAGAAGCGACCUGCGUCUGACAUGGGGAAAAAGCCAAAAACCCCAAAAAAGAAGAAGAAGAAGGACCCCAAUGAGCCUCAGAAGCCUGUGUCUGCGUAUGCAUUGUUCUUUCGUGAUACUCAGGCUGCCAUCAAGGGCCAAAAUCCAAAUGCUACCUUUGGUGAAGUCUCUAAAAUUGUGGCUUCAAUGUGGGAUGGUUUAGGAGAAGAGCAAAAACAGGUCUAUAAAAAGAAAACCGAGGCUGCUAAGAAGGAGUACCUGAAGCAACUAGCAGCCUACAGAGCCAGCCUCGUAUCCAAGAGCUACAGUGAACCUGUUGACGUCAAGACCUCUCAACCUCCUCAGCUGAUCAACUCAAAGCCGUCAGUGUUCCAUGGGCCCAGCCAGGCCCACUCAGCUCUGUACCUAAGUUCCCACUACCACCAACAACCAGGAAUGAAUCCUCACCUAACUGCCAUGCAUCCCAGUCUCCCAAGGAGCAUAGCCCCCAAGCCGAAUAACCAAAUGCCAGUGACUGUCUCUAUAGCAAACAUGGCCGUGUCCCCCCCUCCUCCCCUCCAGAUCAGUCCACCUCUUCACCAGCAUCUCAACAUGCAGCCGCCCCAGCCACUCACCAUGCAGCAGCCCCUUGGGAACCAGCUCCCCAUGCAGGCCUUACACUCACCGACCAUGCAGCAGGGAUUUACUCUUCAACCCGACUAUCAGACUAUAAUCAAUCCUACAUCCACAGCUGCACAAGUGGUCACCCAAGCAAUGGAGUACGUGCGUUCUGGGUGCAGAAACCCUCCCGCCCAGCCGGUGGACUGGAAUAACGACUACUGCAGUAGUGGGGGCAUGCAGAGGGACAAAGCGCUGUACCUCACCUGAAAGUCUGAACACCUCUUCUUUCCACUGAGGAAUUCAGGGAAGUCUCUUCACCGUGGAUUGCUUUGUACAGUCAAGGCAGUUCUCCAUUUUAUUAGAAAAUCCAAGUUGCUAAGCACUUAGGACCAUUUGAGCUUGUGGGUCACCCACUCUGGAAGAAAUAGUCAUGCUUCUUUCUUAUUUUUUUAAUCCCUUCUGGACAUUGUUUUUCUUCUUCCCUGAAGGAAAUUUGGACCAUUCAGAUUUUAUGUUGGUUUUUUGCUGUGAAGUGCUACGCUAUAGUAACUGCCUUAGCAACUGUAGAUGUCUCGGGUAAAAAGUCCUGGAUUUUCCAUUGGUUUUCAUAAUGGGUGUUUAUAUGAAACUACUAAAGACUUUUUAAAUGGCUUGAUGUAGCAAUCAUAGCAAGUUUGUAAAUAGCAUCUAUGUCACACUCUCCUAGAGUAUAAAAUGUGAAUGUUUUUGUAGCUAAAUUGUACUUUGAAACUGGCUCCUUCCAGUUGAUUAAUUUCACAAUAGGGGUUAAAUUGGCAAACAUUCAUAUUUUUACUUCAUUUUUAAAACAACUAAUAGUUCUAUAUUUUCAAAAUAUUUGAAAAAAAAAAAAACGUAUUCCCAAAUGAUUUUAAUUUAAAAACAAAUUGGCUUUGUCUCAUUGACCAGACAAAAAGAAACUAGUGUUAAGGGAAACGCGAACACAUUUAUUUUGUACUGCAGAAAAAUUGCUUUUUUGUAUCACUUUUUGUGUAAUGGUUAGUAAAUGUCAUUUAAGUCCUUUUAUGUAUAAAACUGCCAAAUGCUUACCUGGUAUUUUAUUAGAUGCAGAAACAGAUUGGAAACAGCUAAAUUAUAACCUUUACAUAUGGCUCUGUAUUAUUGUUUCUUCAUACUGUGUCUGUAUUUAAUCUUUUUUUAUGGAACCUGUUGCGCCUAUUUAUGAAAUAAUAAAUAUAGGUGUUUGUAAGUAAA